AUGCUAAAUAGUGACAAAGUCGGGCUGCGGAAUCGGUACCUUUCCCGAUGUCUCGACGCCUUUCCAGUCAACCUCAUCAAAAAGACUUGUCUAUCCUUGAAGCGAGCUACAGCAUUUCAUUUGUGCACGUUCAUGUUCAACCGUUGUGGCAGCUCUUCUCCUCUCAUGCGACAUUCUCCCACCAAUUCUCUCUCGGGGACAGCUUGUGACCUCAAAACUCUUAUCCGCUCUACAAGUGUUCCGAAUAGGCUGUUCUCUUCACGCCUCCCCCCGUACGCCCCAACAGCACGACAAAUCUACCAAGCUGAAUGUAGAUGCUGA